UGCCUUUAAAAGUAGGGCUCAAAAGCAUGAAGCAACAACUUCCAACAGAUGCACGUUCAACUCCAACAGACUGAAGAUGUCUAUGCAUAAUUAUGUCAACUUGAACAUGGACAGAGAAAAUGAAGAGCAUGUCUACAUCAAUGAAGAAGCUAACAGUCAGAUCUCCACAACACACCAAACACCUGGAAGCUCAGUAGGUGAUUCUGUGAGGAUCAGAAACUACAGAGCAGCUACAGUGUGUUCGGUGCUGCUGUGUGUUGUUCUGCUGACUGCGCUCAUAGUGCUGGGCACAAACUACAAACAAGAGACACACCAGCUACAAUCUCACAACACCAACCUCAUAAAUGAGAGAGAUGAAUUACUGUCGAAGAAUAAUGACCUGAUUAAAGAAAGAAACGCAUGCAGACAAGAUUUUUUUAAAGAAGACAAUGGAUGGAUUUACGGUCACUCCAGUUUUUACUACAUUUCCAAAGAGAAGAAAAGCUGGAAUGAGAGCAGAAGUUACUGUAUGGAGAGAGGAGCAGAUCUGAUCAUCAUAAACAACAAAGAGGAACAUGAUUUUGUUCAGAAGAACAUUCGUGGUUCUUUAUUCUGGAUUGGUCUGACUGACAUUGAUGAAGAGGGCUCGUGGAAAUGGGUUGACGGCAGCACACCGACCCUUAGGUUUUGGUGGACUAAUGAGCCCCGUGGACAAAGACGAGAAAACUGUGUUCUAUAUUAUAUUUCAAAUUGGUCCGAUUACCCAUGUGAUGACGCUCAUCUUUGGAUCUGUGAGAAGAACAUGUCCAUGUGACUUGAUAUAUGAGAUGGAAGUUAAAGUAAUAAAAUAUUAUGCUAUUGCCCUUUUUUUGUUAGAUUGUAUCAUAUGCUUGUUACUACACAUACUUAACCAAAGUAUCCAUGAAGUGUUUCGUUUUACUUAUUAAAUGUACCAGAAAAUGUUAUGUGAUGUGUGUUGUCUCAGUCAUCUGUGAAAAUUAAAGAUUAAGUACAAAGUA